CUGCGCGCACGGCGUAUUUAAAGCUAUUAAGAUCAUAUAUCUUCCAUAAACAGUUGAGGUAAACGAUUACCUUUCCUAACAAAACACGUUGUCUAGUAUAAACAUAAUGCUUUGUUGUGUAUGCAAUAAGGACUCGCACUCUUUAUAAUUCUUUUAGUAGUGAUUAUCAGUAUUUAGCUGCCUCGACGGAGGUGGAUAUCAUGGCAUGCUUUAGGGUGAUUGGCCGAGGCUUGCGCUAUACGAGAGGGUGGUGAUCUCAUUAGCCAAUGCAUGCAUUGCCAUAUUAUCGAAUGAUCCGCAAAUAUUUACCGAUCUUUGUUCACUCAAGGGGGGCAAGUGAACUAUAUUAAACAAUCUUCUAAUUGCUUGUCACACGUCUUAAUUGGGCCGGGAUGUUACGAGAGGCAUUUAAGGGUUCACUUGAUACACCAGGAGCUGGCUUAUACAAGCCCAUUGGGGGCGUUAGCUUUCUCCGCGCCACAUACAAGUGAUAGGUCAGUAUCAACCAGCGCUGCUUGCAAAUGGCGUCUUUUACCAUCAGCGCUUUGCUAGGGGACACCAGUGAACAGAAGAAAGCGCGGGCUGCGGUCCGAGAAACGUCCACGAAAUGCAGUGUAAUUAAUAAAGUUGGAGACGUAGUUGAUGAUUUCAGAAUUCACGAUGACGCACACAGUGAGGAUGGAGCGGGCGAGAGCGCGGAGUAUCAACACGAUCCCGACUCUCCCUACAGCCACAAAUCUCACAUGAACAAGUCAAGACGGCGACGAACGGCCUUCACAAGUAGCCAACUCAAAUCCCUCGAGGAGAAAUUCCAAGAGAAGAAAUACUUAACAAUAAGCGAGAGGAACAGCCUGGCCAAAUCAAUGCAUCUAACAGAUACACAAGUGAAAACGUGGUUCCAAAAUCGUCGAACAAAGUGGAAAAAGCAGAUGUCACCAGACCUUGAGGCAACAUUACGAAGUGAAGAACUUGGAGGCCUAUAUGGACAGUGUGUAAUGCCUUCGUAUUACGGCGACUACGUACUGCCUAGCGCUUAUUUACCUACGCCGACACGCUACUACGGACUAUUACCGAACUUCUAUCCUUCGUCAAACCUUCAAGUCGUUUAUUCGAACAUGUCUCUUUAUCCGUAUUGAUUUGAGGGCGGUUUACGCAGAGAGAGCUAGGACAGGGAUGUUCACUGUUUCACGGACUCUUCACUAUCUGUGUAUACAUUUAUUGUAAAUAUUUUGAAAAGAAAAAAAAAAGCUGAGCCAGGUUUUGUUAUGUCGAAA